CAGAAAAAAUAGAGCCAAGCAAAUCAGACUGAUCUGAUUGCAGGGCGGCUGCAGGUGCCGCCGUUGGCACUGCCGCAUUUAAAGCCAGCUUCUCUUCCCCACGUUUACCUCAAACCUUCCCCCAUCCUUCGCGCUCACAACCUCGAUCCAACAAACGCUGCACAUCUUCAGCCUCACUUUCCCACCACACUUUUUACCCAACAACCAUCCAUCAACAUGACUGGACGCGGAAAGGGCGGCAAGGGCCUCGGCAAGGGCGGUGCCAAGCGUCACCGCAAGAUUCUUCGUGACAACAUCCAGGGUAUCACCAAGCCCGCUAUCCGCCGUCUGGCGCGUCGUGGCGGUGUCAAGCGUAUCUCAGCCAUGAUCUACGAGGAGACCCGCGGCGUCCUCAAGUCCUUCCUCGAGGGUGUCAUCCGUGACGCCGUCACCUACACCGAGCACGCCAAGCGCAAGACGGUCACGUCGCUCGACGUCGUCUACGCCCUCAAGCGGCAAGGCCGCACCCUCUACGGUUUCGGUGGCUAAACGGGCCGCCGCCGUGGCGACGACUCUUG